UUUUCAGCACAUGCGCGCCGCAAAUGCUGAGCCGCAAGUUGCACUCGCACUCUCAAGUCUCAAACAUUUAAAAAGGCAGAGAGUGGCUGAAAAUGACCGAAAGCGGCAAGGUAACAGAACAAAGCAAAGAAGCCACAGAACAAGGUAGCUAAGGCAAAACACCCCAAAGGGAUUCUCAAUGGAUUACCCAACGGAGGAGGUGCACGAGCACCCAGGGCUCCGAGCGGCCAAUCCAUGGCGCCAGUGGUGGCAGUGGCAGCUCUACUCCCUCCUCUCAUCUUCUUCUUCUCCGUCUCCGGCCACGCGGCCGCCCAACCACGUCGGCUGGGACGAGACCGCCGCCGCGCACAUCUUCACCGCCAGCCUCCCCGGCGUGAGGAAGGAGGAGGUGAGGGUGGAGGUGGAGGACGGGAAAUACCUGGUCAUCCGCACCGAGCUCGACGGCGCGGAAGCCGACCGGAGAAGCUUCGCGAGAAAGUUCCGGCUGCCUGGGAUGGUGGACGCCGCCGGCAUCUCCGCCGAGUACGAGCACGGCGUGCUGACCGUGACGGUCCCGAGGAUGCACACCCGGGCUCGGCCCGUUGUGGAUCUCGCUGGGCCGGGGCCGGCCUGCGACCCUGUGGCCCGGGCUGCUUGAGCUGGUUUAUUAUUGUAAUUUCCCUAAAAAAAAACUAGUGCCCCCUAAAAAAAUGUUGUACUGCUAGUACUAGUAGACAGGUGAAGAUUGCUGUUAUUUUUCAUUUUAAGUUGGUUUAUGAAUUUGAUGGGGAUGGAUAACGUCCAUCUUGUCGGAGCCCGAGGUACUGGCAAUAUCUUGUCGUAUUUUAUCGGCUUGCUCGUGUGUGUUGGUACUCACAUGCUACCCAUGUGAACAAAUAGUAGUAGUAUUAAGCAGCGAGAGUUACAAUCUCUGAAAAGGGUAAAUUACGAAA